GGAAUGUGCUCGCGAACAUUUUAAAAAGCGAUUUCUGUUAAAGUGGACGAUCUCUACGUAUAUUGAUUGUUGAUAAGAAGAAAGUAGCAGCAUGGAGAGAAAGGAGAUAAUUUUCGAUGGCUAUUUCUAUGAUGUUACCGAAUUUAUCAAAAGACAUCCAGGAGGAAGUAUAAUUUUAGAUUAUACAAAACCUGGCGAGGAUGGUACCCAUGCAAUUCAACAGUUCCAUCAUCGAUCUUUUGAUAAAGUCAAGAAAAUGAUGGGAUCGUUCAAGAAACGUCCAGUGACAGACAGUGAUCUUGAUUCAGACCCUCGAGUGCUGAAAAAAAAUCGCGCCCUAUCUGAAGAUUUUACAAAGCUCUACAAGGACCUGGUUAAGGAAGGAUUUUUCGAACCUUCUCAUACUUACAAUGCCGUGCGUAUGGUAGAGGUGCUAGCGAUGUGGUAUGUUGGAUACCUUCUGCUUCAAUGGCCAUACAAUGUUGCCAAAUAUGCUGGAAUAUUUUUUAUUGGUUUUUCGCAAGGACGCGUCGGUUGGGUGGGACACGAGUGUGGUCACUAUUCUUUCUUAGGAUUUCCAAAGUUUGAUCGAUAUUUCCAAAUGUUCUUGCACGGAACGGUAGGUGGCACGUCUGCAACUUGGUGGAGACGGGGACACAAUCGGCAUCACGCGAUGCCCCAACGGUUAAACCAUGACAUUGACCUCAGCACGGUUCCAUUGCUGGCAUACAACACAAAAGUUGUGAAAAACAAUGCUGAAGGCAAGGGAUUUCUCAUUAAGCAUCAGACAUACUUCUUUCCGCUGGUCAGUCCUUUGUUGGGUGGACUAUUUUGGAAAUGGUAUAAAGUACCCAAAUUCCUCAUCAAAAACAGGCUGUACACUGAAAUAUUGGCAUUCAUUGCACAUUAUGUCAUUUACUUAUAUUUAGUUGGUUUCUGGGUUGGAUUUUUUUCGACCUGGAUGGCUUCUUCCUACAUAUUCUUCAACUUUGCGUUGAGUCACACUUACUUGCCGGUUACGACACAGCCAAUGCAUUGGGUUGAAUACGCUCUAGUGCAUACUGCAGACGUUGAACAAACCCGUUGGUGUGACUAUUGGAUGGGGUUUCUGAACUAUCAAAUCGAACAUCAUCUAUUUCCUGCAAUGCCUCAGUUCCGACAGCCACUAAUAAUAGACAGAGUCAAGACGUUGGCAAGAAAACACAAUCUUCCGUACAUUUGUUAUUCAUAUGCUGAAGCAAUAAGGCAAACGUAUUUAAAUUUGCACAAAGUGUCGCAAGAAUUGAUCGAUGCAGAGUGAUAUUUUUGUCGACUAGGUAUUUGAAUUCUAGGUAGGAAUAUAAAAACAGUAGCAAAGAAUGCAAAGGCUAAUAAAUAAAUUGACAUAACAAAGGGCAAAGUCAAUUAUCCAACAGACUAGAGUUCUCAUAAAUU